AUGGGUCCCGUGAUUAAGUUGUCUGAUUGCAAUGACAAUGCCAAUGACAAUGAUGAUGACAAGCUACCAGUUAGGCUAAAGGACAAAUGCUUCUGCAUCAGGCGCCUAACUCGUAUCGUACUAAUGUUCGUUGCCUUUGGGAUGACCAUUUACGUCUGUAUGUUAUCCUCGGAACGCUACUUCCAGUACUGGGUGCAGACCACAAUCGAUCGCACCGACGUUCACGUCUCGGAGAUUGCCUUUCCAGCCAUCACCAUUUGCCCCGCCCACAUGACUCCCAGCACGCUCAUGAAUGCCAGAGAGCAGCGAAUAAUUUUGCUCUAUAAUCUAAUGCAGAGUAUUCAUUGGCGCACCCCAAUGGGCCAUUCCACACAUUUGAACACUAGUGAAUUCGAGGAAUUUAAUAACCGAUCGUUGCUCUACCCAGACCCUAUCUUCGACUUUGGCUACACCUGCAAGGAUUUGUUUUUGGAGUGCACUUGGCGCCGCCAAGAAGUGGAUUGCUGCAGCUUGCUGUUCCGAAGGCUGCAGGUGGGCUCCUGCUAUGUCUUCAACUCGGUGCUCGUCGAAGAUGCCGAUCCCACAUGGCCCUGGUCUGUGGCCGAUUCUGGUCUCAAAAGUGCGCUAAGUAUCAAGGUUAAUCGCUUUAUAAACGGAAUCAGGCUAACGGCCUUAGGGGUCAUAGUACAAGAGCCAGGCCAGUAUGUGGGUUCCAGUGUGACGUAUUCCACAGAUGAUCGGAUCGUAGUCGGAUUGCAGCCGCGUCACUUUACGGCCGAGCCGGCUGUUAGGGCACGCCCCGUGAAUAUGCGAUAUUGUUAUUUUAUGGACGAGCUGAAGCAGUCCUAUUCAGAGUGCAUAGUCAGAUGCCAUAUCACCUACAUAUCCAGGAAGUGUAACUGUACUCACAAACUAUUUCCAAUCAAUAUAGACCAGACACAUGAGGAACCCAUGCGCCAGUGUACAACUGCGGAUUUGCUGUGCAUGCAAAAGAACGGAGUUUCACUCUUUUACAUGAGCAACAUAAUUGAGGAGUCUAAGGACAGUGUCUUCAAUACCACCCAUUGCAAGUGCUAUCCCACCUGUGACCACACUCAGUAUCAUGCAACUACAUUCACGGAUCGCCUGAGCACCGCCGACAGCAGAGAUAAUCAGUUUGAGAUUGACGUCUACUUUCAGGAGGAGACUCUUUUCUCGUAUCGCUCCACUCUGCACAUAACAAUGCUUGACUUGAUGGUUUCGUAUGGGGGCAUAGCUGGUUUGUUUUUGGGUCUAUCGGUGGUCGGAGCCAUAAACAGCCUAUUGGAUCGCAUUACUUGCUGCAGCAAACCCACAUCACAGCCCAUUAAACCUGACCCCGAAGUUAAAAGAGCCUCUCCUGCUGUUACCUGUAAUCAAAAGAACAUGAACGAAUAAUAGGGAUGAGGAGAACGAAAUAA